CGAAGUGAAAGAAGCUAAAGGACGUCUAAACAGACUCCAUACUACCCUGACCCAACAUGGUCUUUUUUUCCCCCGCUUCCGGUUAUUCGAAAUAGAAGAUCAGUCCUGGUGUCCUGACUCGAUGGAUAAUUUCAUCGAAAACUAUCACUGCACCCUGGAAUCUUCGCAUCCCCGCUGUGAGACAUACUGCCCCCAAGGUCGCCAGAAGUAUUAUCCGUGAGAACCUCCCCAACGCUUUUCUAUAUACUUUUGUCAAUCCCUGUGCCGGUGCUGGAGGUUGACUCGAAACUUUGAUAAGAAGAUACUCUCACUCAUUCUAUUCUGCUAGUCGUAAAGACAUGUUUGAUCUGCUACUGCACGCCCAAUCUGCAGAAUUAUUCUACUAUCUCAUACUAUCUGCAUCUCGAAUGACGCUAUUUAGUAUUUGUAUAAUUUUGAUAAAGAACAGCCAGUGGAAUGGAACAAGAUCACUAAAUGGGAGAGGAAGGAGGGAGCUAUGAUAUGCUGCAUCGCGCGUAUAUGUGGCGAAAACCCCUUUCAGCGGGGCUAUAUUCAGUUGUGGGGUAGGGCGACC